UCGACUAAAAUUGUUAUUCAAUGCAUUAUUGUGUCGUGUUUUGUGUUAAUUACAAAUGCAUUACAUGUAAAUAAAAGGGCGAAUGACGACGGGUUUUGUAACCCAACAAAACCCGAUAAACUAAAUGUUCAUAUCAUAAGUCACACUCAUUUGGACGCGGGUUGGGUUAAGACCUACGAUGGCUAUUAUAAAGAUAGUGUUCACGAUAUCAUGAGUACUGUGAUCGAGGCGUUGACAAAUGAGCAAGCUAAGGCCAACAAUCGGCGAUUCACAUUCGUCGAGAUGACUUACUUUAGCCGAUACUGGAAUGAACUGAACGACACGGCGCGGGAAGUGGUCAGACAACUGGUGACAACCGGUAUAUUGCAGUUCACGAGCGGUGGUUGGGUUAUGAACGACGAGGCGACCCCUCACUACUCCAUGAUCAUCGACCAAAUGAGUUACGGCCACCGAUGGAUCAAUCGUACGUUCGGACCCGACUUCUUGCCCACAACCGGAUGGCAGAUCGACCCCUUCGGACACACCCGGGAGUACGGCUCUAUUCUCUCGCAAAUGGGAUUUAACGCCUUAUUUCAGGGGAGAAUUGAUUAUCAGGACAAAGAGAAGCGAAUGAAAGAGAAAAGUAUGGAAAUGAUUUGGAAGACUGACGACAACCUCCGGUAUAAUAACUAUAUGUUUACGGGAAUCACUCCCACCGGUUAUUAUCCGGCAGACGGCGUGUGUCUGAACUGCUAUUAUAAAAAUAACGCCCCAUUACUUAUCAAACAAGUGAAGGCCCAGUCGGCCGGCUAUCGGACCAAUCAUUUAAUGUCGACAAUGGGCGGCGAUUUCAACUACUGGGCCGCCGAACUCAGCUUCAAGAACUUGGAUCAACUCAUUGAGUACAUCAACGCCAACGAAACGGACAUACAUUUGCUGUACUCGACGCCCGACUGUUAUGUAAAGUCUGUGUACGAGUCGGCCGUCAACUGGACGGACACUAAAGGCGAUGACUUUAUGCCGUACGCCGACCGCCGCAACGACUUCUGGAGCGGUUACUUCACGAGUCGGCCGGCGUUCAAGUAUCUCAUGAAUUACGCCAAUACUGUGCUUCAGGCGAGCAAACAGUUGACGGCGUUGACCGACAUCUACGGCCUGUCGCGGCAACUGAUCCGACCCCUGGAGGAGGCGUUUGGCAUUUGCCUCCAUCACGACGGCAUCAGCGGCACGAGUAAACAGUUUGUGAACGACGAUUACGUCCAGAUGUUGACCAGAGGUCUGGCCUCCUCUGACCUACUGAUGACCGCCGCCUAUCAGAAACAGUUCGCCACUAAUUUGAAGCCACAAUUUUGCCAUCAGUUGAAUGUCAGUGAAUGUCUUUUUGUGGAGGAGAGCAACAGCUCUCUCAUCGAAAUAGCUAUUUAUAACCCGUUGGCUCACGAAGUGAUUGAUUUCAUACGAUUACCGCUGUUUACUACUGACUAUGAAAUCAUUGACGCCAAUGGUCUGAUCGUCGGAUCGCAGAUAGAAACACUUCAGUUGUUCAUACAAUCACUUCCCGACCGUAAGAAUAAGUUUGGGUCGAGAUUUGAGAUACUGUUUGAGGCAUUUCUACGUCCGCUCGCAUUCACUAAAUACUAUUUGCGAAAAAUAUCGGCAAAACGAGAGCCACUGCCGCAGCAAACCAUCUCUCAAGACAGUGAAAACGUCUCCGAUAUUAGCAUUUCUAACGAUUUACUGACUGUCGUUAUAGACGGCAAAAGUGGUAUUUUAAAAGGCAUACAAACCGCUAAUUUUACGGUUAAUAUCAGACAAAACUUUGGUUACUAUACUCGAGGCAAUGGUAAGCCGUCUGGCGCUUACGCCAUGCAUACCAACGGAUCGGAUCCGAUGGUCAUUGAAAUGAAUGCAAACGUUUCUGUGAUUCGGGGAAAUUUGACCGAAGAGGUCGUCCAGGAGUUUAAUCCGUGGCUCAAACAAAUCAUACGCCUGUAUCGGGACAACAAUGGCGUUGAGUUUGAAUGGGUUGUCGGACCACUGCCUCAAGACAUUGAUUACGAGAUAAUCAGUCGAUGGGACACAGGAUUCAGAAGUGGAGGACUUUUCUAUACGGACUCUAACGGUAGACAAACACUGGAGAGAAAGCGCGACUAUAGAGAGACGUGGACUCUGGACACCAUUGAGAAGGUGUCGAGCAAUUACUAUCCGGUCACGAGUUGGCUCUUCAUCCGGGAUGUGUUGAGUGAUCUGCAGUUGACUGUAUUGCCGGACAGAGCACAGGGCGGCACUAGUAUGAGGGACGGGUCGCUAGAGUUGAUGAUUCACCGGCGUCUGCAUCGGGACGACGGCUACGGUAUGGAAGAGAAGUUAGACGAACCGGGAGUCGACGGUAAAGGACUGGUAGUGCGCGGGAAACACAUCCUAUACGUGGAUCGCAUCGCCGACAGUAUGCAAAACGUGAAGAUUAUCAGCAAAACCCUAUUCUGGCGCUCAUUGCCUAUGUUUGUGGAUUUGGGCGACAGUCCAUCGGUUCCCCCGAAUAACGUGUCCCACAGCCUAACAGUCGGACGACUCGAUCCGGGCGUCCAUUUGUUAACGUUAGAGGAAUUGGAGGAAAAUGUUUUGUUCAUACGUUUAGAGAAUUAUUUGGAGAAAAGGGAAACAUUUCAAGAGUCAGUGAGUGUUGUAUUGAGUGAACUGUUUUCGGGGAUCGAGAUCUUGGAGGCAACUGAGACCGGACUCACUGCCACGCAAUCACUCGCCCGAACACAACAACUCAAAUACAAGUGGAAUUGCGGCGAUUGUAACAAUGGUUAUGAUAACCCAUUGGAUGACCCAGCUCAGUUUAAGAUCACACUCACACCCAAUCAAAUCCGAUCGUUUGUAUUGAGAGUCAAACGUAUUUCUUCAAACGCUAUAUAAAUUUAUUACGA